AUGGAGAUGUUUUCGCACUUCAAGCGGUUGGGCGCGUCGUUGAAUUUGAAAGAUAUUAUAGAUGGGAGUGGGUUGACAGGGCUAUUGAGUACAACGCCAGUAAGCAGUCGCCCAACGUUUUUGCAAAGUCUUGAUUUGCCAGCCACUGAAGCACUUGCUGCGAGGGCAGAAUGGGAGGCCAUCCGAGCCCAUAAUGAGGAGAACUUUAAAAAAGCCGCUAUGGCGGACGAACAAGUAUGGAGGAUUCUCAAGGCGUGUGAGGAACAUUUCGAGACAUGUCAACAAUUACAAUCAGAGGCAAGACAACUUCCCAAAGUCAAAGCGAUGAUAGAAGAGACUACAGACAUGGCAGUUCGUUUAAAAGAUAGAUUGCGAGAGCUGGACACGAUGAUAAACAAGUGUGUUUCUGACGAAGAAAGAAACAAGAAAGUUGAAAGAGCGCAAAGUGAAUUCGAGGCCCAGAUGGAAAGUUAUAAAAAACGUAUGGGAACUUCCUGGUCGUUUAAUGGACUAUCUGCAGGCAGCCGGGAAGAAGACAAAUUAACUAGCUUGGAAAGUAUAGACUUAUUCACUCAAGAAGAUCAAGAUGCAUUAGAAAAUUUUCUUGGGCCGGGAAGUGACGAUGAGGCAAAUGAAACAGUAGCAGCCCCGAAUGUACAAGACGAUCGCAGAACGAGUCGGCUGGAACGAGUGGUGUCAACGGAAGACUGCGACUUCUCCAAGGGAUCAUAA